ACAUUCAUAAGACUUUGAAAGGACAUAGUCAAAAUAUAACAACUGUGUCACAUGAACAGAAACACACUUUUUUAUAAUUAGCAGCUUAUGAUUACAAACAAAAAACAUAACCAAUAUGAUCAUAUUAUCCUUCAUGCAAUUUUGUUAAUGUUCAUUUUGUUUAAUUAUAUCCGGCUGAGUUUCAACAUGAAAGGAAUGUUCAUAUUAAUUUUGAUUGGGAUGGAAAUAUUAUUUUGUGGAGGUGGUAUAAUAAACUUUUUAGAGAAGUUGAAACAAAAAGUAAUAAAGAUUAAGAAUAUCAUGGUCAAAAUAAAAAGAGCGGAUUUGCUAGGGUUCCAGCCAAGAAGUGAGGUGCUGUAUCCUGGACUGGACCCGAUGAAGCUUAAUAGGUUGUCGAAGCUAUGGGAUAUGUACUAUGAAUGCCAGAACGCAAUGCAGGAGUCUACACUGACAAUGAUAGUGCCCAAAGCUGUGGCCUUUCUCUAUGGCACCAACAUCAUGCUUGAAUGUGAGGUCUGCGAUUCCCCAAAAGACAUAUUCCUCGAGCACAAAUGGUACUUUUCAGAGGAUUAUAACUUUAACAAUGUCCGGUUAGUUAAGGAGACUUCAAACAUCAUGAUGAAGAACAUCGACCUCUUCAUCUUCAACAUCGGUGAUAGGCAAGCAGGAUUAUACCUGUGUAGGAAAGGCAACCACACUUCCAGGCCUUAUAUUGUCCACGUGUUCGAAAAGGAGGUGGUCAAAAGAGUAGUGCCGGCAGGUAACACCGAAAUGGACAAUGCUGCUGACGAUCUGCCCCUGCCGAACGUGAAUGUCACAUUGACCACCUUGUGGGCCCCGUGGACUCAGUGUAGUCGCUGCGAUCAGGUCGGACUGAAGACCCGGCAAGGAAUUUGUACCAUCAUAGCCAACAAGAACAUACGUCAUGCAGAACAACUGAGAAAUAAAAGGAAAACCUAUUGGAGUGUAAAAACACCCCACGAGUACAAUCAAUCUAAAUCUGCUCAUUUAACGACAUCCCCAAAUCAAAAGGAUACUACUGUGUUAGCACAACACAAUAUUAGUUCCCGUACUACUACCUCUUCAACGCCAAAAGUAGAACCGUACUCUGCAACGACGCAACUUAAAGAUGGCAUCUUCUUGUCAGACCAAAACACUGACCUUUCUAGGACAUCUACUUUAAGUACAAACGUUCUCCACAAAAGUGUAUUAGAAAACCACGAACGCCUAUAUGAAUCCCCGAAAACAGAUGAGAUCAAUGAUUGGUUUAACAUAAUACCGGGAGACUCCUCAACUAAAAGGGACUUACAGAUUUUAGAUAUGUUUGUCGAGGGUGUUCCGUGCAGAAGCAAAAUGUUGUCACCGGGUUUUCGCUAUUUGAAAGAAAUAGAAGGUCGCAGCAGUGAAGUUAUGGUUGCUUACUGUAAACUGUUGUGUUCCACGAAUGUCAUGUUUUACGCGAAGGACGCGAGUGGUAAAAUUGUAGAAAGUGCUAAUAAUUCGGCCGGUGUGUUCUCCGUGUUGCAAGGGCUGCCAAGGGAGGUGCCAGCGAUAAGCAGGAACGUCGAGUACGCCGUUUACAACCAACCCUUCAUGAUCAUAUGCCCAGGUACCAGAGGGGAGGAUAUCCCUAUUUACUGGUACGUAAACAAGAGGGCUAUCACUAACAAGACAAUAGCCACAGAAACACAAGGAAGAAUCCAAAUUGACGAUUACAACAGAAUAAUCUUCAAAAAUGUUUUCUUUGAAGACGGCAGACUAUUUACGUGCUGGCAACGGCGCAAGCUAGUGGGCACAGUGCGUCUGAGAGUAGAGGCAGAAACAUCGAUGAAACAAGUUCACAGUCCGGCAACGAUGGUAGGAUCGACUGUCAUUCUUAUUACAUUCCUAUGGAUUUACUAUAAAGCACUAAUGACAAACGAAAACAUGGUAAAAUAUGUCCCAUUUUUAUUCAAGGCUAAAAAUCCUCCAUCAAGUGAGGCCAAUUAAGUAUAAAGAAAAACAGUAUCCGUUUAUAAUCAAUAGUAACCAUAACUUUACUAGAAAUAAUCAUAAUAAAUUUGGAAUAACAACAAAAUUGUCAAUUCAAAAUUCAGUUUCUAUCUAGGCCUACAAGGUAAAUCAUUCUUAGUCUUGCCAUUGUAAUAAUAAAUAAAGGUUUAUUUUUACUAUAAAAACAUUGUGUUAUUGUUUUAUUAUGUGAACUUUUACUGUAUACUAGCAGGAUUUUACAGUUCUAAAUCUCUCACAGUUAUAUACAGUGUGCAUAAAAA